AUGCUCUCGCCGUCGCCGCCACCAUCACCACUACCACUAUCAUUACCAUCACUACCGUCAACAUCACCACCGCCACCACCGUUGCCACCGCCGACACUACCGCCGCCGCCGACGCCGCCGCCGCCACCACCGCCGCCACCGCCACCGCCGCCGAACGAAAAAGGCUACCCACGCUGUGAAUUCGCGCCAGACGCGACUCGGCCGUCCGGCCGAUCGCCGAACACAGAUAACGGUGUAAUACUUCGCAUCGACUCCUUUUCGGUUCUUUACGGGCUCAUUCGAAAAUCAAAAUUUGUAAUAAAAGAGGAGGAUGCACACGACGAUGUGACCCAUAGAGUCGAAGAGGGACAUCAAAUAAUGGAUCUCUACGUGUACAUGGUAUCGAUAUAA